AUGAUGGCAGUAAAGAGGCCGAAUACCAAGGGGACAUUAAUCCGAGAGUCGGAAGAAAGCAUUACAAUGUCACGGAGGAUUUCUGAGACUUCCAAGUCAAACAGUACUCGGGCUUUCCCUGAGGCUAAUGGCGAAUCGACGGAGCAUAAUCGCCGCAUAACAAAGGCAUCUAAUAUAUUCGAGAGCUCAGGAAAGACACGUAAAACCAGGCCCUGGUACCCAGCACAAAGCAGUGGUACUAAAAUUUCCAAAAUGAAUGGAGGACAGAACUCUCUGACUGGGAGUCGAACCCAGAUUUCGCACGAAUUACCUCACCAGACCUCUACUAAUUGUUCUGAUCCAUCCGCGUUCGCUGCGUGGUCGACCAAAAUCAAGGCGCCUACGAUUUUGGCAUCCGUGACGGGGCUGCGAUAUGAGCAAGAAGAGGGGCGCGAGACCACGAGCUAUCGAUGGGAAGCAAGGGAAGGGACAUGGGUACCCCCAUUGGGAGUCGAACUCGCUCGGACCUGUAUCCGGUGUGCUACCAGAGCCGGGAGUGAAGCAGCCGGAACGGGUGCAUGCUCGCUCAUUGUGAAAUGCGACUGGACAGCUGACAGACCCAUGGUGCGAAAGGCGAAAAGGGUCGCAACAAACGUCUUUGCGUACUUUGCUACCGGUCAGCUCGCAUAG